AUGGACCCUACCAUUGCUACAUAUGUCGAGGAAAUAGGGUUUGAAAAGUGGGCUCGUCCUUAUUGUCCAGGCGAUCGGUACAACAUAAUGACAAGCAACGUUGCCGAAAGCUUCAACAAGGCAAGUAAGUGCACUACUCCUUUGGCUACUACUUUUGAAAAUGAUUUAAAGGAACAACACAAAGAUGGUAUGUUCAGGAGUUUCCUUUGUAAUGGUGCCCAAUUGUUUAACGUUGGUACGAGUCCUCAAGGUGAGAAAGGUGGUGAUGUGGACUUAGUGGAGAGAACAUGCACUUGCGCACUUUUCCAAUCGCUCAAAAUCCCUUGUCCCCAUGCAUGUGCUGCAGCAGUUAGUCAGAAUGCGAGCGUGUACGCACUUUUCUCUCCAUAUUACACAAAAGAAACGUGGAAGAAGAUCCACGAUGCCACAAUUAAUAUUGUUCGCGAGGAGGAUAAGUGGGUACUACCAGAACACAUCAAGAACAUAAGAAUUGGGGUACCAGUGGAAAAAAAAUCAGUAGGUCAGUCUAGGAAGAUUAAUGCAGGUAGAAGAUCGACGAAGCGUCGACCGUCUAAUAGUCAAGUGUUAGUGGAACCUCGUCAUUGUUCGCUAUGUGGCGGUGCAGGGCACAAUAGAGCUACAUGUAAAGCUCGAGUUUGA